AUGUUUGAACAGCCUGUUGUGACAUUUGAGUCAGGCCGAGGAUUCAGUCUCAUUGGUGCAGACAUUCUUAUUGAUCAUGAUGAAUUUGAAGGAGUUCACAUUGCAGCCAAGAACCUGUCCAAAGACUUUACUAGAGUCACUGGCCAAGGCGGCAAUGUAGUUCUGACCACAGCAACUGACCGCGUCGAGUCUAAAUCUUGCGUUAUUGUGGGAACGCUGUCAAAGUCAGCAAUAAUCAAGAAGCUAGGAUCCGACGGGAAAAUUGACAUUUCCGGUAUCGAUGGGAAAUGGGAAUCCUGGGUCACGCAAUGUGUCUCCAAUCCAACUGAGGGCUAUGACAACGCCUUGGUAAUUGCCGGCAGCGACAAGAGGGGUGCUAUUUACGGCAUAUACUCUCUGUCCGAACAGAUUGGCGUCUCUCCAUGGUACUGGUGGGCGGACGUUCCUCCCAAAGUUCAUGACGAAGUUUAUGCCCUCCCUGUGUCAACCCGCAACGGCGAACCAAGCGUCAAAUAUCGUGGCAUUUUUAUCAAUGAUGAAGCGCCAGGAAUGGACUCCUGGGUCCACGAGAAAUUCGGCCCCAAGUUUGAUUCCAACUUCUACCACUUCGUGUUUGAGCUACUCCUUCGGCUUAAAGCCAACUUUAUGUGGCCUGCCAUGUGGAGGGGAUACCCGUACCCGGGCAGAUCAUUCUUCGUUGACGAUCCUAAAAACCAGGCUCUUGCCGACACUUAUGGGGUAGUAAUGGGCACUUCUCAUCACGAACCAAUGCAACGCGCCAUGAACGAAUGGUCCACCACACAGCCAGAGAACACUUGGAAUUGGGAGACCAAUAAGGAAAAGGUCACAGAAUAUUUCAGAUUUGGCGCAGAGCGAGCACGACCUUUUGAGUCGUACAUCACUAUGGGCAUGCGAGCAGAAGGUGACAAUCCUAUCGACGGCAGUGACCCUAAGAAGAUCCUUGCAGAAGUUCUUGAUGUGCAAAGAGGUAUUAUAGAGGAAAAUUACGGGAGUAAGGGCGGGGUGAUGCAAUUGAUGGCACUAUACAAUGAGGUGCAAAAGUAUUAUGACGAUGGGCUGGAGAUUCCAGAAGAUAUCACACUCCUUUUCUCUGAUGAUAAUUUUGGCUCUCUGCGCCGAUUGCCGAAUGAGCAAGAGAAGAUGCGCCCCGGCGGCUCCGGAGGGAAAGCAUGGCACCAACUACAACUAGCACAUGCCCAAGGCGCAAAUCGCAUCUGGGUCUUCAACGUUGGCGAUCUCAAGCCUUGCGAAGUGCCCAUGAGCUUUGGGUUUGACCUUGCUUGGGAUGUCCAUUCCAUCGGUGCCGACUCUUUUCCCCAAUAUUACGAGGAACUGGCAACGCGAGAAUUUGGGCGCAAACACGCAAAGGGUAUCGCCAGGGCCUGGUACGACUUUGACCGUCUUGUCGCACUGCGGAAACAGGACCACAUCGAUGUGAGCACAUUUACUCUGCUCAAGUACCACGAAGCAGACAAUAUUGUCGCGCGUUGGAAGACCCUGCUGCAUGAUGCGAAGACAAUCAACGCCAAAAUGGACAAGGAGUACAAAUCCGCCUUCUUCCAGCUGGUUCUCCACCCUAUCAAGGCAUCCUAUCUGUGUACCUUGCUCCGAGUAACCCAGUAUAGAAACCAACUGUUUGCCAAGCAGCGUCGAAACACUACAAAUGUGCUAUUCCACCGGAGUCUCGAAAUCCUCAACAAAGACCAUGAUCUUAUGAUGGAAUACCAUACCAUUAACGGUGGCAAGUGGAACCAUAUCAUGAGGCAGCCGCACUACGGAUAUGGAGAUACUGGUGCUCAACCGUCAAGAAAUAUGAUUGACGGUCUGUGCUACGUCCAGACUAGAGAGGAUUCCAACCCCAGCGUUGGGCAUAUGGGCAUUGCUGUGGAAGGCAUUGAAGGCGUCAAUCCCGGACAUAUCAAUGAGGACUCGGACCGAACUCAUCCAUCCCGCAAGUGGCUGGAGCCGGGAGUGACUCUCCCCUUUAUCACUCCGUACGGCCCGCAGGACCGGUAUUUUGAAGUUUUCCACCGCGGAACAAAAGCAUUCUCCUGGGUCGCGAAACCGCAGUACGACUGGAUCAAGCUCACUCAGUACCAAGGCCAUCUCAAACCUGAAGAUGACGAUACCAAGGUGGUUCUCACUAUCGACUGGACGCAAGUUCCCGCCAACUUUGAUGAAAAGGUAAUCAUCGAAGUCUUUGGUUCUCUAGAUGGCUACGAAAAAGUCCACUUGACUGUGCGCCAUAGUCGGGUCCCUGCCGAUUUCACCGGCUUCGUCGAAACGAGCGGCCACCUCGCCAUCGACGCAGGCAAAUGGGCUACAUCCCCAUAUCAGGCUCUUCCAGCACUGGGCCGCACCGCUGCAGGAUCUGUGACUUUGCCAAUCGGCACCGACCUGAGCAAUCCCGAUGACAUUCCGUUCCUGCGCUACCCUAUAUAUGUUCUCUCUGAUCGCGACAACGCCAACCUCGAGCUGCAAUUCAACAUGACUCUGGAAACCGACCCGCAGAGCCGCAUGGAGUAUGACAUCCGCUGGGACGGCGGAGAAAUCAAGCGAUACCGCCUCACUGACGAUGAUCCCGGCAAUGACCGCGGCCUCCCGCGAGGCUGGAACGUGGCCGUCAUGGAUUGCGUCUGGAAAAAGUCCCAUGGCAUUGGGCACGCCACAGUCGGCGCUCACACCAUCGAGGUGCGAUUCCGCAAGCCCAACAUGAUUCUGGAGAAGCUUGUUCUGGAUCUUGGGGAUUUGCGGCACACGUACUUGGGCCCCCCUGAGAGCGACUACGUCGAGGGCACCAGCCGCGCAGCCACCUGCAUUGGACACAAUGAUCGGCUAAGCUUGGAUUUGAGAUGUUGA